GCUGGUCUUCCGGGCGAGGGAUGCUCAGUCUCAUGUGUUGCUUUCCAGGAAAGAAUAAACCGGAGCGAAAGAGUUAAUCCGGAUUCCUCCCUCGGCCUCCCUGGAGCAUCUGCCUCCGAACAGGAAACCAGAGAGAGUGUGAGAGAAUGCCUUUCUCCUCCUCCUCCUUCUCCUCCCUUGCCUCCUCUUAGAUUUCCCUUUUUUCCACCCCUUUCUUUUCUCUCAUCCCUCCUUCCUUCCUUCCUUCCUUCCUUUCUCUCCUCCUUCCGCCCCUUUCUCCUUCCCUCGUUCCAAGGGGAUGGUCAACUUGGCUCCUUUCCUCCCAGCCAUGGAUCCCUGAGCCAUUUCUUCCCCACUCCAAUCCUUCUCUCUGUGUGUGUUUCCCCCACAUUCCACGCCCCCACACUCUUGGAUUGGCUUCCCGGCCAGUAUGAACCAGUAUCCGGAGAUGCCCCAGACUGGGAACUGUGGAGCUGCUGGCUUCUGAGGCUUGGCUCCAGAGGAGAAGCAAAGAUUUCUGCCCUUGGCUGGACCGGAGGGACGGGCGCCGAAGACCACGUCAACAUGCCCGAAGGAGCCCGAAGGGGCAGCACCAAGAAGGGAGGCAAAACAGCAGCGCCCCGGCCCUCGUCGGUCUCCUCGCUGGGCGGCAUCGGUGCCGGCAUGGCCUCCGACCCCAUGUUGGGCAGCUGCACCUCGGUCAACACCGUCUGUUCGGACAGCGACCGCCCGGUCAGCCUGAGCUCUUCUGCCUCCUCGGCUUCACUCCAGGACAGCCAUAGUGCUUUCGGCAGCAGCGGAGGGCUCAUCGGUUGUCCGCCGCCUCCGCCGUCUUCAUACGCCCACCAAAACGGGAGCGAUAUCAGCUUGGACCUGACGCCGGUGGCCCUUUUGGAUGCCCCUGGGUACCCCAAGGACCACCCCGGGAGGGCCAAAGAGCGGCGUAUGAAGCUCUCGCACCUGGACCGGGUGGUGUUGGAGAUCGUCGAGACGGAGCAAGCCUACGUGCGGGAUCUCCGGAGCAUCGUGGAGGAUUACCUCGGCUGCAUCAUCGACUGUGGGCAGCUGCCACUCAAACCCGAACAGGUCAAUGCCUUGUUUUGCAAUAUUGAAGAUAUCUACGAAUUCAACAGCGAAUUGCUGGAAGACAUGGAGCGAAACCCCAGUCCGCAUGCAGUCGCGGAGUGCUUUGUUCAAAGGAGUGAAGAAUUUGACAUCUACACCCUGUACUGCAUGAACUACCCCAACUCCGUCUCAGUCCUGCGGGAAUGCAUGGAGAACGAAGCCCUGGCUAAAUUCUUCCGUGAACGGCAGACAACGCUGUCGCACUCGCUGCCCUUGGAGACCUAUCUCCUCAAACCAGUCCAGCGGAUAUUGAAGUACCACUUGCUACUCCAGGAACUGGCCAAGCAUUACGACAAGAGCAGCGCUGGCUACGAAGCCGUGGAGGAGGCCAGCAUCACCAUGACUGCCGUGGCCUGGUACAUCAACGACAUGAAGCGCAAGCAGGAACAUGCCACGCGGCUGCAGGAAAUCGAGGGCCUGCUGCUCGGCUGGAACGGCCCGGAAUUGGGGGCUUUUGGGGAGCUGAUCCUGGAAGGGCAGUUCCGGGUGCCGAGAGCCCGCAAAGAGAGGGUCUUCUUCCUUCUCAGCAAAGUGGUCCUGAUCGCCAAGCGGCGGGGAGACACCUUCAUCUACAAGAGCCACAUCUUCUGUUGUAACCUGGCUUUGCAAGAAAACACCAAAGACCCGAUGAGUUUCAAAAUCUCCGACCUUUCCAUCCCCAAACAGCAGCAUGUCAUCCAGGUGCGAAACCAGGAAGAAAAAAGGCUCUGGAUCCAUUACCUGAAGCGUUUGAUAGUAGAGAAUCACCCAGCGUCCAUUCCCCAAAAGGCCAAACAGGUUCUACUGGAAAACAGCUUCCAAAGUUCCCCCGAAGCGUACAUCGGUAUGGAAUCUCCCAAAAAGCCCCUUCCUUCUCCGCGGCUUGAUGAGUGCAAAGCGUCCGCACGCAACAGGCGGCAAUCAGAUCCUCCGGAAUAUAUGUACAGUCCGGAGCGAGCCCGGCGGAGUUGUCCAGUCCUGGCGCUGGAAAAGAGUGGCUCCUCGUGGCGUGGGCGAAGGCAGUCUGAGCCAGCUAAGGAUUCCCAAGUUUUGUUCCAUCAGGCAGAUGUGGACAAAUUAAAGGCUGCCGAUAGCGACGGGGAGCUCUUUCCACCUGCGGAGCAACUAAACCACUCCGGAGCCCCUUCGGCCUCGGUUUCAGGAGCCGAAAAGUCUGAUCCGGACAAAGGAGAAGCAGAGUUCUCUCUUCCCGAAGAGUCCAUCCCGAGCAAUUUCUCCAUCACGGAAGAGAUCCUGGAAUUGCUGAGCCAGCGGGGUCUGGAUCAGGAUGCCGGGAAAGACGGGGUCUUUGUGGAGGAAGGGAAGGUGGAAGCGAGCCACCUGGGUGCCCAGGACCAGACCCCACCAAAGGUUGUAUUGGGAGGAGGAGAAGAAAAAGGAGAAGAAGAAGAAGAAGGCGAAUUCCAGGAGGAUCCUUCCAUAGAUGCCAUCCAUGCAUCAAGGGAGACCAUCCAAGACCAUCUGGACCCGGUGCUUCACCACUCUUUUACUAGUGACUCCUCAGAAGAAGAGGAACAGCAGCCACGUGAAGGAUCCGACGGACCUUCUCCCCUCCAUGUUCUGGAAGAUUUGGCCUCCGAAGAAGCCAGUGGAAAGCUGGAGGAGACCCUCAAUGAGGUUUCCCACCAAGACAAUACCCAAACCAGGGAGAAAGUCUGCCCUGAAGAUGGUGAGCAAUCCCGUCGGCCAAAGGUCGGCCUCCAAAAGGCAUGGAGUGUCCCCAGAGGGGAUGUCUUGACAGUCAAGAAGACAGAAGAUGGUCCCAAGCGGGACUCCACCUUGACCAAGGAGGACUGGCUCUUGAUCGAGAAGAUCAAGAACUACUACGAAGGGGUGGAGAUGGCAGUGGCGACAGUGGUGAAGAAGGACUACGCUCCUCCUCCGGUGCCACCUGGGGUGGUGCGAGAGUCCAUCCUCCGGUUCAACAGCUUCCUCCGGCAGAGCGAGUCUCCGGACAGGGAAGUGGGCGGGGCCAGGCCCAGAAAGGUCCGCCCACUGUCCGCUAGAAGCCAAUCAAGUAACACAGAAAGGUCUCCUAGCCAUGAAGAUUCCAAAGAGGGGCGGAGCCAGGUAUCCUUGAGGCCAGAAGCAUCAACAAGGGGGCGGAGCUCUUCCGAAGGUGGCCAAUCAGCAAGCGGCGGCACCGAACAUCCCUCUCAAGGCAGGUCCCAUUCAUUUCAUUCUGAGAACGAGCAGAAUUCACAUCUUGAUGUGGAAUCAAGUGUUGCCCAAAUGGAUCAAGGGAGCGGGUUGGAGGAGGACCUCGCCGAGCCCGAGUUCAAGUCCUGUGCGGAGAUCCGGAGAGCUUGGCAAGAGAAGGAGCGGGAAACUAUGGAAGGGGGCAAUCGGCGGUCCUAUACGUCCCCCGAAAAGACACUAUACAUCGAGCCCCUGUGCAUCGUGGAGGAUUCGGACCUUGAGGACCCCCCUCCGGUUCCAAACAGAGAUCCAGAAGGUGCCGAGGCGGCGACGGGAAAACAAGCAGUGGGGAUGCCCACAGAGGAGUCCCCCACGUAUCUCCCCACUUUGGACAUUUAUGAAAACAACGGAGGAGACCCGUGCCUCUUGGAGAACUCGGAACGGAUCCUCAGCAAAGUCCAGGCACUGGCGAAGAUGUAUAGCGAGAAGAUCAGCCGACUGAAAGUGCCAAAGAGGGUAGUGGAGAGGCCAGGGAUGAGGUCCCGGGCCCCAUACCGGAAGGGCCCCAUCAGGACCUCGGUUGGGACACCGGAAGGGAAGCCAGUGCCCAGCAUCCCCCAAUGUGAGCCACGGAUCUACGGCCACGUCCUCAUCCACGAGCCCUUCCAGCAUGUGGUCGGGGUCCAGGAAAACACGCCUCUCGUUGCCGUCACUCGGGGCACGGCUUUGGAGCUGCGCAGCGAAAGGCCGCCUCCAUUGCUCUCGCUGGACCUUUUGGCUCCUCUCCGCCAGUCUUUGCUGUGCCUUGCAUCUGGACCUUUGGAGGCUCAGCCCAACGCCCCCCGAGACAAAGACUUAUCGGAAAACUCCGAAUGCAAUUUGAAUCCUUCGAUGCCAACGACAGGAAGCAAAGCAAGGGAGUCUCCUUUGCCCUCCGAGUGCAUCACCAAAGCAGCACUUUGCCACAUGAAUGCCAAACCACCAAGGGAUGCGGUUGCGCAGUCCUUUUGCAGGAACCAAUUGGAGGCGUCUAAAGAAACCGACGUCUCUGGCUUUUCCUUAGAAUCGCAGGACACAGACGCUUCCAUAAUUUGUGCCCCGCCAGACAAACCCAAACCCAGGUUUCUCAGUUCCAAAACUACCGAAGCGCCAUUGCUACAGAAAGAGGAACAUCCUCCAUCUCUUCCAAGUGAUGCCUUCCAGGCAAACCGAACCAACACUUCCCCUUCUCUAGAUAUGACUCAAAGUGAUAAUGUGGAUGCCAAGGGACCAAACUGGAGCAACGACCGCUCCAAAACACUCCUUCAUGGCUCAGCGACCCCGUUUCUGGAUCAUUCAAAGCCUCAAUCUGAGGCCUCGCUAAGGAACGUUCCCGGCACAACGUCACCCCUAUGUCCAGGGUCGCCUUUACGGGACUCCCGUCCUGCUCUUUCUUCCAAUCCAUCAGCAGAAUCGGAUCCCUCCGCUUCCGUCCCCGUAGCACCGACGCCGAAGCUCUUUCCCACUUCACCGGUCCGGCGGUGCCUCUCGUCCAGCGCCGCCGCCAUUUCACGGUACAUCGCCGCCUCCUGCAUCAGCCAGAGCUUGGCCAAGAAGAACGGCACUCCUCAACCGGAGGAACUCCAGGUGCCUUUCCAACCUCUCGCUCCUCCAAGACCGUUAGCGAACCCAUUGGCGCUGCUCCCCAAGUUGGCACCCAGGGCUCACGGUGGACUUGCGAAGCCAGAGCCGUUGAACACCCAAGCUGGAUCCUCUUCUCCUUGCUUCAGAUCUGGACCCCUCUCACCAACACGCCAUAGGGCUUUCUCCUCCGCUGCCGUCGAUCGGCGCUCUCCGUUCUCAUCCGCUUCGGCGCCAAACUCGCGGGUUCAGUCCCCUUUACCUGUGAAGCCUAGAGUUUGCUCUCCUCCUCCAGUCAGACUCCAAGGCUGCACCUUUACGCCAUUGUGUGCUCAUCCUCCUGGGCAUGCGCCGGUCCAUAUGGCUUCUCCUGUGGCUUUGGCACCAAACUCAGCCAUCAGAGGUACGGUAGUGUCUCCCUUUCCUCGGUCGAGGCCUCGGGGAAACAGUUUACCAGACCGUGGGACAACAGAGUCCACGAACGGAGACUCCGGUCCGACCCUCGGCGGUCAGCCUCAGGACCUCAGUGGCAUCAAGUGGCCCAACGUGCCCGGCUUGUGCCUCAAGUACGUGAACAGGGAACGGAGGGCGAACCCUCCGGCAGAGGAAGGGUACGGUUGCCCCAAGCCGGACUCUCCCACCAAUGCGGAUGGAGCGAGGCCCCCCGAAAAGAGCCAGCAAAGGGUCAGCUAUUCCACGACGGUCAACAUCCAGAUCGGGGGCAGCGGGCGCAUCGCCUCCUUCAGCAACGCCCAGGUCAGCUUGACCCACCCCCUCCAAGCCACGCCGGAGCAGCUGAGUCUCAGGAAGGUCAACGGCAGCACCCCAAAAACGUGAUGCGGAGACUCGCCGAGGCUUUCGGGGAUUUCCGCUUUCCAGAUCUUGCAUUUGGAGAGAAAAUUUAAAAAGAUUUGCAACAGAUGUGGGUUUUAGGCAGUGUUUACCAAACUUUGGUCUUCCAGGUUCCAGGAUUUUAAUCAUUGCCCAAACCAGCCAAGGUUUUUGGAAGCUGGAAUCCAAAACACUUGGAGAAUUCGAGUUUUGGGAAUUACUGGCUUAAGACUUGCAAUUGAUGUUGGUUUUGUCAAAGGCUUUCAUGGCUGGAAUCACUACCGUGUUGUGUUGUUUCUGGGUGGUAUGGCUGUGUUCUAGCAGCAUUUUCUCCUGACAUUUCACCUGCAUCUGUGGCUGGC